AAACAAAAAACGCGUAAAAGCCAACACCAGUGAACGCCAAACGAGUGUUGAAAAUAAACUCUAAAUAAACUUUAAAUAAACUUAAACAAAACCCAAUUCUAAAAUGCAUUCGGAAACAGUUUGUGCCGCCCUCGCGCUGCUCGCCUGCCUCGCCCUCGUUGAAGCGGCCGUCUACAGCCAGCCCGCCAUCUUUCAUCCUGCACAUCCCGGCAAGUGCUACGACAAGUUCACCAGGCGAGCGAUGCUGCCCGACAAGGAGUACAAGCCGAAGGGCAUCUGCGCCAGCAUGACGUGCAGCCUGGAGGCGCGGGAGAUCAGCAUCGAGACGUGCCCGUAUGUCGAGGCACCCGGCUGCGAGGAGCUGCCCGCCGACGUCAACUGGAGCUACCCCAAGUGCUGUCCGCAGUUCAAGUGCGUUGACUUUAAGACCGGCAAGGAGUUUGUCGUCUCGCUGUAGAUACCAAGCAUGCAGCAUGCCCCUGCCUAUCAGUUGAAACUGAAACGUGAUUUUACAUGAAAUGUAUUCGUAGAUUUUUAGUGUCUCUCUCUGUCUGUGUGUGUGUGUGUGUCUGCUUGAUUUAUGAGUGCGAAUGAUUCAUCUACCUUUUUAAUUUAUUUAUUGUAAUUUGUACAUAACCCCAAGCCCAACUCCUCCCCAAACCCCCUUGUCGGCAUUGUCAUGUUUUCAUGUGUGAACAGAAUUUUAGAUGUUUUUUCGUUUUGAUUUAUUCAAAAGUCCCCUGUAUGCGAUAUUUGCAAUUAUGACUAACUUUAAACAUAAAUUGUUUAGUUUUUAAGCUUAAGAUAAAAUAAAAAACGUACA